CGUGUCCCAAACUAGUCUAGUAAGCGAGGAAUCACCUGAGCUCAUUACACCAGCAGCACACAGGUGUAAAAAUGGGCAAAGCAGUUGGACGCUGGGACUUUGAAUGGGUCUAUAAUGAACAGCCACACACAUGGAGAAGAAAGGAAAUAUUAGCAAAGUAUCCUGAGAUCAAGUCUUUGAUGGGUCAUGACCCCCAGCUGAAGUGGGUCGUGUCAGGGAUGGUACUCACCCAGCUCCUGGCGUGCUACAUGGUCCAUGAGCUCUCCUGGAAGUGGGUGUUGUUUUGGGCGUAUGCGUUCGGUGGCUGCAUCAACCACUCUUUGACCCUAGCCAUCCAUGACAUUUCACACAAUGUGGCCUUCGGCACCAAAAGGGCACGCUGGAACCGCUGGUUCGCCAUGUUUGCCAAUCUGCCGAUUGGCUUGCCUUAUUCCGCAUCAUUCAAGAAGUACCACAUCGACCACCAUCGUUAUCUCGGAGGAGAUGGGUUGGACGUGGAUAUUCCUACUGACCUUGAGGGCUGGUUCUUCUGCACCCCAGCCAGAAAGGUGCUCUGGCUCUUUCUCCAGCCUUUGUUCUAUGCGCUCCGUCCGUUGUUGGUGAACCCCAAGCCCGUGACCAAGUUGGAAAUGCUCAAUGCAGUCGUACAGUUUGUGGUAGACAUUAUCAUCUACUAUUUUUGGGGUCUCAAGCCCAUAGUGUACCUCAUCUCUGGCUCUAUACUGUGUAUGGGCUUGCAUCCCAUCUCUGGACACUUCAUCGCUGAGCACUACAUGUUUAUGAAAGGUCAUGAAACCUACUCUUAUUACGGUCCUCUCAACUUGAUAACCUUCAAUGUGGGAUACCAUAUGGAGCACCAUGACUUCCCCAGCAUUCCAGGCAGCAAAUUACCUGAGGUCAAGAGGAUUGCAGCGGAGUACUAUGACUCGCUCCCUCAACACACUUCCUGGAUGCGAGUGCUCUGGGACUUUGUGUUCGAUGACACCAUCGGCCCCUACGCCAGAAUCAAGAGACGAUACGAACUUGGCAAAAAUGAAUGAAUUAGGUGUUAGACUACUGAUCUAAACAACAAAUACUACAAGGUAUUUACACAAAUCUGUGAGGCACUCGAAGGCUGUUAGUUAAAAGGGAACCAACCCUUUCACACAUGAACCUGCAUACCUUUUUCAUUCUGUCACAGCAUUUCAUCUUAUAGAUCGAUCUGUACAAUGUACAUUCCCUGUGCCUGGGACCAUGUUACGUGAUUUGUGAGGAAUUGUUUGGGUGUAUCAAAGCCCAGCUAAUUCUCUAAAUCUUUCCAUACACUCAUUCCAAACUAAAACAUCUGAUGUUGUUUUUAUGGUAUCCAUGUUCAUCAUCAAUGCAGUUAUUUGUUUAUUAUCGCCACUUUCUCAACUAAAUCCAACUGCUGAGAUGCCAGUUAAGAUGUACCUGAGGAAAGAAGUGCUGAGAUGGGAUGUUUAAGUGAACUUAAAAUGCCUUUUUAUCAGCGAGGCCCUUUUGAAAACUGAAUAUUUAAUUUUGUGCGCCAUUAGUGUAACUUUAAGUCUUUAGAUAUUUUGACAUUGUCAUUUGCACUGUGACCAGUUUAACUCUGAAUUGUGAUGAUAAACAAAGUUUCAAUAAACUUCCUAGUCUUACAUGAUGAAUCUGAA